AUGGGGGCUCGUAUCAGGUUCAUCCUGCAAUGUCGGUCGCUUAUUUUGAUCAUUUCGAGUUGUUUGGCAGUUUGGUGUCUCUUACCAGGAGUGCUGACUGAAAGCUUCGUUCCUCAGCACGUAUCAACGAACAGCUAUGCGAAUUUAUCCUACAAUGGCCCUGAAUGGUUGCAAAAUGAAACGUGGAGCGGCGGCGUUGCGAAAUACAGGAAGCGAAGGUUCCUUACUUUCCCUACAGGUUCACUGCUCAAUGUCACUCUGCUGUUCGGCGUGCCCGUUCUUGGCAUCGGAAGCUUCAGCGCGCUGGCCAUCCAACACAAGACGGUGCUGCGGCUACCGAACGCCUCCACCAGCUUCAACUACGUUCUGGGCAGGAGCGCGACUGGCAGGGAUGGCAGGAUCGAGUUCUUUAGCAACUUCGAGACCUUCCUUGAAGGGUUUGGUCUGAACGGUCAAGCCUGCGCCCUGCGCGCCAUCUGUGAAAUUGCGGAGAUGCCCUUCGACCACGGCCUGGUGGGGGAGGUCAUCAACCUGAUAUUCUCAAUCAUGACGUUCUCGGAGGCGAGUUCAGAGCAGGACGAGUACAGCAGAGCCGAGUACAGCGGCCGCUACCACGGCGACUGCUCGGCGCUCUAUCCCUCCUGCGGCGCGUCAGUGGCCGACGCUCUCUCCGCAGUUAUUUAG